AUGGUUUCCCGCAGAAUGAUCUUGAUGAAUCCCCAGCGCAGCCUCAAGCAGGAGGACAUCCGCUCGUUCCUGGUGUCCGAAUCCGACAACAGAAAGUUCACAGAACAGAUGGGGCAGCUGUUGCUGCAGGACUGCGGGAAGGAGCACUCAGACCUGAGCAAGACCUUCCAGGUGCUGAUGAAGGACAGCACAGGCAUCCCCGUGAACGUGCACGUGUUCGCCGUGUCUUAUUUUAGCCAGGGCGGGCUCCCGGCCUUCAAGGUGGGCGUCCUGGAGGUGAGCGACUCCGACUCCAUGCUUCUGCCAAACCUAGGGCAUCUGGCGGAGAUCAGGCAGCUGCGCCGGCGGGGUCGCCGGCCAAAGCAGGACCUGCAGGGAACGCCGCCGGGGCAGUCCCCCCGGUCCGCUGAAGACAGCAGCGGCAGCAGCAACGGCACUCUGGACCUGGAGCAGUCCCUGGGCUCGGAUGCUUCAGGCUCGACGUUUUUCAAUGAUUUCGAGGGGGGCGCCCCCGCCUUCUGGUUCGACGUGCUCUCGGCUGGCUACGACAUUCUGUGCUUCUCCGACAGCUUCCAGCACUGCUUCGGCACCUGCGAGGACGCGAAGUUUCUGAGCUGGGUCAAGAUGAACCAACACGACCAGUUUGUGGAGUGGGUCCAGGAGUCGUAUGUCGCGCUCCUGGGCCAGACCGAGGGUGACACCUCAACCUCCACGGAUUUUUUUCCGCGCCCCCUCCACUUCAUGCCGACCCACCUGCGCCAGCACCGGCUCGCCUUCUCGGCCACGGUGUUCCUGGACCUGGGCGACGUCCCAGACAUGUCCAAGCGGGGCCUAGGCACCGCGCGCAUGACCUUCAGCAGCGUCCGGCGCUGGACGACCAGCGGCGCUCGACGAAGGCACGGCCGAGGGCCCAGGCGGCCGCCGCAGCGCGAUGGGGGGUUGCACCGCAGCGGUGGGACCCCGGGCGCCCUCGAGGCCGCGGGGCCGUGCAGGUCCUACAGCCUGCUGGGGGGCCCAGCACAGUUACGCCACGGGCAUAUUCAAAUGAGACCUCGCCAUCCCUGGGGGGGUGCGAUCUGUGAGGAAGGAACAGUUCUGGUGGGGGGGAUGAUUUCGUGGCAUGGGUGA